CCUAAUGUUGUGGCGAUCAUUUUUACGAUGUGGAUUUGUUUGGUUUGGUUUUAUUUUGCCCUGCGGCGACCUGUUUUGACACAGCGACGGUGCACAUCCGUUGGCGCGUGUCGCCGACUGCAGCGGGUAGCUGCAAGGGUCCGGGUGGCUGUGAACUGUGGCGCUGCAACCUCUAGCGACAGACGCUACCGUCGUUCACCUGCUGCAUUACAGAGACUGGCGGCCCUUGUGCUGCUUCAGUGGGCAUUUCUGCCCCUCAAGACAGUCUCUUAGUCUCUAUUCCACUCUGCUGCAGUGCACCCAGUGUGUGAUGAGGUGUGUUGUGACACUAAUUUGCACUGCAGUAUGCUAAAAAAUAAUAAUUCUAAUCAAAUAUGUUUUACCUGUAUCAAAAAUAACCUAGUCAACCUCGUUUAAUCUUUUUUUUUUUUUUAAUGAAGGAUUCUCCCCCUCCUACCCUUCCCCAACACCACAAACAAACCGUCUAUGGAUUUUUGAUUUGAGAGAGACUGGGCACAUGUUUACAUCAGCAAAGAAUUCUGGCGAAGAAAAAAGGCAGGAAAUAACAAGACUGCACUACAUCCAUGCAUUUGUGAAAACUUACCCUCACACAUUCACACCAGAUACCAGACAAAGCGGUCUGCUUUCAUUGAGCCUUAUAUGUUAGAAACAUGAGUAAAAAAAUAAGCGAAUAUAAAGUUACUAUUACAUUCACUCAGAGGACAGGUGCAAUUUAAACGCAGAUGCUCGUGUUACUUUUUAAGAGUUUCGAUGACCAGUCCCGCGACCUUUAUACGAGCUUACACACUUAAAUGCUUUUACAGUUCACUCCUGCCAUUUGAAAACUAUCAUGAAAAAAAUAUCUUCCACAUGAGCGAUGCUGCAAAAUUUUACAGGUUUUUUUUUUUCAACAGUUUAUGUGCACUGUUUUGUUGUGGCUUCGCAUUUAGUUCCCCUAUCCACCUCAUCCACCCCAUGGCACCACCCCUUGUCAUGCAGUGAAACAGUAGCGCACGGGGUAGGCGCCCAGAACGAGGCAGAGCCGCGAACUUUGUGAAUGGAAGUAACGGUGUUUGGGUGGGAACGCGGGGUAGAUAGAUGCAGAGCUCCGCGCUUGCCUCCUUUAAUGUCGGGUGCUUACAGUUGCCAUCAGUGGGACGGGUGGGCGGGUUUACCGGGUACCGAUGUCUGUCACCCGCAUUUUUCCCAACCAUACAUACUCAGCGCAGAGGAAAAGUGUUUAACGGGUGACCAGCCUAACCGCAAGGCAUUGCCUGCUCACCUAGCCGCCGAACCUCGGGUGUGCAUGGCUGUAGAUCCGUUUGAAGGGCCAAAUACUUUCUCCAUCAUGCGUGACUUCACAACAAACUGCACGCGAAGAGUCGAGUGUCCUGUAAGUUGCAGGAGAGUGCAUUGACUGAUCGUCUCUUCAGUUACUAGUCGCGAAGUGGGAACAGUUUGUAACACUUACUUACCUGUACUUACUCUUUUACCUGUACAGAAGAGUUUCUUUCUUUUUGUCGCCAAGAUAAUUACAGUGCAAAGACGAAGGAACUUUUACAAAUAUUAAGACCCUUCCUGAACUAGUUACUCUCAAUGCUGAAGCAGAUGCUCGUGCAAACAUGAUGAAGCAGCAUCGUCAGCUUUAUAGGCUGUGUCAUUAGUAUAAUUUUUUUCCUGGCAUUCGGGUAAAAAAAAAAAAAAAAAAUGCCGAGAAGUCUGUUGGUCCGGCGAAACAGCCAGAAGAGAAAGCUCAAACAGGACGGUGAUAAAAACAAUCCAGUAAGCUCCAAAACAUUUCGAAGAGAUGAUAACAACUGCCAGAUCCCGAUUUUUGAUGAGGUGGACGACGAUGGGUGGGAACAGCGAUCUUAUGAGAAGCACCAUCAUCUGAGUGUCUGUUUUGCAGGUGAUGAAACAGCUGCACACUGCUCACCAAGGACAUCGGAAAAGAAUUACCAACAUAAAAAAGAGAUCACUGACAAUGAGAUGCGGCCUGGUAGCGGGAUGUGCAAGGUUUUACUCACACGAAAAUACAAUGAUGUCGAGGUGCCCAACGAUGUCGUAUCUGCUUCCGGGAGUCACGGCAGUUGUGGUGAAGACUCAGGACACAAACGAUGUGGACAUCACAACGAGGACAACUCAGCCACUGUUUGCUUUUCUCAUUCCAUGAGAAAGGUUUCAGGACCUCUCGUGAAAGGGAAACCAGAUGACGAAAGACAUGGCACGACUUCGAGCCCUCGAGAGGCCACGAAUGGGCCAACAGCCCGCUGCAUCCUGGACGCUGCAGCAGCCGUCUGCUGCCAGUCUGACGUCACUGCGCCUCUCAUUCCUGCUUGCGGUGCCGGCUCGCCGAGUCUGCGAUGGGACAACUACCCGAACACCUGUGUGAGGCCGGGGAUCAGCCGUGCAGACAUUGGACAAAGAAAGGAAGCAGACACUGUACAACGGACAAGAUCUUCUGACCUUCGUCUCUCGCCCUCCGUACAUUCUCAAAACGAGAACAGACAUGCGCAGUGCAUCAUGCCGACGUCACUACCGAUCAGCGUGAUAACUGCCAUUGGCUCCAGCCAUCCUCUGUCGAUUAACAGAUCAGUGCCACGGACAACAACCACAGCCCAGCCCGAAAGCUCAGAGCCUGUUUCUUGCAGAGAAUGGAACCUCGUUGACAGUUUUCGAAGUCCGACGAGAGUCUCAUCCGAAUUUUUGUCAGACCACAAGUCGUCGGAACUAUCCUUCUCUCCCUUUCGUCCUUCUGUCACUUCUUCGCCAAGACUUAAACCAGAAGACGAAGAGAUUCGGAAAGAUGAAACAUCGGAGGUUGAGCCCCUUGAUGGACGAGCUCUAAGCGAGACAGCUGAUGGCGAUUGUAAGGGAUGGACUUCCGGUCUGCCCCGUGCACGUGCAGUCCGUAAUCUGACACCAGAGACAUCCGGUCACGAAGAGUCAUUCGCUGGCACAGUUCACAGCAAAAUCCAUGAAAAUGGAUGCAGUCAAAGUUUGCUGGAUUUAUCGUCACACUCCGUGGGUCACGAAUAUCGCGGGCUGUGGCACGGUAUACCAACGGCUUCUGAGUUGUGCAGACAGGGGAGGCUACAAAAAAGGGAGUCGUUGAGGGAGAUGCAGUUGCACUUCCUGCCGCCGCUUCCGCAUCUACCACCUCCCACAGCUAGGAUCUGGCAGCAGAGCACGGCGUCAGCCCUCCACUCUGUAUCUUUUCCGCUUCCGCCAGGAACGACAACUGGCAUUCCAGAAAAUCUGUCUCCACCGCCGGGGGUUCCGGUCGGCUACACUUUCAUCUCCAUGCCGCACGCAUCACUGACGUCACCGAGUCGCAUGAAUAUGAUGCACUGCGUUGCCGUCAGCGGUGGCCGCACCGGAAGUACGUCCACCGACGAGGACGCAACCUCCAGCGUGUCCUCAACGUCAUCGUGCUCGUCGUCAUCUCCGUCGCGAGGUCACAACUCGCAGGCGCCAACACUUUCGGAACGGCUGAUGACGUAUGCAGAGAGAUUUAUGACCUCGCCUACGUCGUCUACAUCGCUGUCCGCGAUAUCUCACGGGCAAAUGUCACCACUGAUUUCUCCACAAAAGACACUACAGCUGGUAAAUGGCGGUUUUGGUAUCAAGAAUCCUCUCUCAAUGCAGAUGGCUCCCUCUCAAGCCGAGACUACUGAGUCAGAACCUCCAGAAGCUGAGGACCACUUCCGGUGUCAUGUUUGUGAUAAGCGCUUCCGGAUCCAGCGUCUGCUUGUGCGUCACAUGAAGAGUCACAGCGAGUUUAAACGGUUUCUGUGCAUCACGUGCGGCAAGGGCUUCAAUGACACCUUUGACCUUAAACGUCACACGCGCACUCACACAGGUGUCAAGCCGUUCAAGUGUUCCUGCUGCAGCAAGGCGUUCACACAGCGCUGUUCACUGGAGUCCCACAAGCGCAAGGUUCACGGGGAGGAGCUGCCCUACGCCUACAAGGAGCGCCGCACCAAGCUGUACGUGUGUGAGGACUGCGGCAACACCUCCGAGGAUCCCGUGGUGCACUACCAGCACAUCCAGCACUUCCACCCUCACAGCCCCGUGCUGCUCAAGUUCUACGACAAGCGCCAGUUCAAGUUCGUGGACAAGGUCCUCCCCCGGGCAGUGCCCACCGUCGACGCCAAGAACAGCGAGCAGAGACGAGUGUGAUGCCCGCGGGUCCAAGCCAGCAUUUUUUUCAGCUGAUAAAUAUGCAAAAAUAGAAAGUUCAUUCAACAGUGGGACAGGAAUACUAGCAGCAGCUUUCCUUCACCGGAAGGGAAAAGACAUCCUUCUCGUGCUUCUCGCUGUCAAAACUCGGAAAUCCAAAAAAAAACAACAUAUUUGUCAACAAAGGGACAGGAAUAUUUCUCUGAAAACACACAUACUAUUUUUCAACAGAGGCAUGGGGAUGUAUGCAACAUUUUCCCUUGAAUUUCAAUUUCAUCGCCAAAUUUCAGAAUGACAAUCUGGUAUUCUACCCGACAAAAUGAAAUCACGUGGCGCCAAGAUUCCGUUAAAGGCAAGUUUGUGAACUAACCACCACAUAAGACUCAUUUCUUGUACACAAUGGUGUGCUUGACAGUCCACAUUCUUCAAAAGAAGCGUCUGACUUGCCCUAGGUUGACAAACGGCCUGCUUCUGAUUGCUAUCAUCAUGUGACCUACUUUCGAUCAGGAACAAGUGACCUACUUUUUAUCCCUGACGUUUUUUAGUUUUUAGAAACCCGACCAUCCUUUCUUUCUCGCUAUGGUGGGCGAAAAUUAAGGUGUAAUCAGUUACCGGCAUCUAGCAGGAGAGUUGUGUUGCCUUUUGUACUUGCAAAAAUAAAUGGACACCCCUCGAGCUCAGACACCGUGAUGGCUGAUCCGUGACAAAAAUUCAUUUUGCAGGUUUAUUCAAAACAUUUAGAAGGGUCAAAACGGUAUAAACGCCAAUAUUAUACAUUGUUGGCAUUCUACUUCGAAUGUGGAAUGGUGCUACUGAAGAAGAUCCAACUUUUAGGAAAUCCACAUCCACGGGAGUCGACUCUGUCGCCAGAUAUGUCACAAAACCUAGCUCCUCUGUCUUGACCUUAUGUUUCCAAGAUUUCCUAUAAAACUAAACGAGGUUGAAGCCGAUACCACUAUCUUUAAAAUCAUGGAUUCAUACAGAGCCCCAGAAGAAAAGAAAGUUAAAAUUUGAAUAUAAACGUUGUUGCAUUAUGAUCAGACAAUAAUACCCGAGAAGAAAAUGCACUAGAAGACUCAGAACUUUAUAAAAGUGCCAGACGGCCAUAAAAGUGUUGAGCUGUAAAAUCUCUCGGCUUAACUAAGUCCCACCACGCCCAAACGAAUCAAUCGUGGAGUGUCCUCCAACGACUGCGUGACUUGACCAUAACCUUCGCUUCCUUGCAUUUUAUGAAGUCAGCUAUAGUUUAUGUCAGGUUGGUUUCAAAAAAAAAAAAGAGAUUAUUGUUGUGCGAAAUUCCUUCGCGUGGUUUUAAUGCGAUUUGGAAGCAUCCGCAACCCUAGGGCACGCGUAUCAGUUGAUACAAAUAACAUCUUUAUAAUCUGAGCUUCGGGAUGCCCCGUAGCUCAACCUGGGCUUCCUCCAGUGGUAACAUCACGAAAGGAGAAUGGUAGACAUCUAGCUUGGUAUCGGUGACUAUAUUGGAAUGUCUCUGGCAAAGAUGCCUCAGCUUUUGCAAGGUGUCUGCUUGUAUGAUGAACAGUUCACACAUUAUGUCCUUUCUUGCGAGUCGUAUCGCCCUAAACGUACAUCUUAAAAUAUUAGUUUAUUAUCUGCUUACCGCUGAUAUUUAAAAAAAUUACAUUGUUUGCCAUUGUCGAAGUUAUGGAUAAAAAGAAAAGGACAAAAUCGAUGAUAAAAUUUCAUCGUAUAUUUUGAAGAAUGUUUAUGAACGUUAUGAAAAUGUUUAAAACUGUUUCAUCACGCCACAUACAAUGGUCCUGAAACUCCGUGAAAGCACCAAAAGAUGAAUGCAAGGUGUUAAAAUGUUUUUUUACAGAGUCAGCAUUGAAGAAAACAAAAGUCACUUUGUAACUAAAUGAAACAGCAAAUAUCAUCCGAUACUAAGAGAGCUUCAGGUUGUAAAAUAAAAAUGUUUAAAAUCUCGCCGAAAAGAAAAGAACUUUUUUUCGUAAAGCUUGUGCUUAGAAAAAUAAAACUCCGAGCACUAAAUAUUGCUUAACUGCUUGUUAUUGCUUAACAAGAAGAUGCCUGUUUAUAGAGGACACCACAAAAUGCCGAGAACAACGGCAGGUGAACUCGGAGUUGGGUACACUACCCGGUUGAAUACCCGUUGGACGCUGAACUUUUGACCUAGGGAGGCACCGCCUUCACUAAACAAGACUGCGAAGAAAAUGAUCUUAUAAGAAGAAAACAAAGAGUUUUUUU